AUGACGCGUUUCACAACACGCAAACCAAGUGAGUUUGUUUUGUUGUUUGCAACAAAUAAAUAAAUUUGCUGUUUUCAUUCUCAAUAAAAAGUGAAACUAUUAAUAAACGUUCACUUCUCAACUAUUUAUAAAAGAAACACUCACGCAUUGUUUGUCUUAAGAAUAUAUGCAUGCACAUCUCUAAACAACAUGUCGGAUUUCUUUACCACUUUUGAUAGCAAGAGCGGUCAUAACGACUCACCACCAAUGGCAUCGCCCUCUCAGCACAGCCCAAUGACAAACAACAGCAACUCAACCUCCCAGAACGGUACAUCAGCAACAACGACAACUACGAGCCAGGCUGCUGCUGGAGUUGGUGGCGCAGGAGGCGGUGGUGCAAGUGGUAAAAGCACAAAUCACAGUCCAGCAACUGGGGCCGAAAAUACACCUAUGCUAACCAAACCGCGUCUUACCGAAUUGGUGCGUGAAGUGGACACCACAACACAGUUGGAUGAAGACGUGGAAGAGUUGUUGCUGCAGAUCAUAGACGAUUUUGUGGAGGACACCGUCAAGUCAACAAGUGCUUUUGCUAAGCAUCGCAAGUCCAACAAGAUUGAGGUACGCGAUGUGCAGCUGCACUUUGAGCGGAAGUAUAAUAUGUGGAUACCUGGAUUUGGAACAGACGAGCUGCGUCCAUAUAAACGUGCUGCUGUCACUGAGGCGCACAAACAACGCUUGGCUUUAAUAAGAAAAACCAUCAAGAAGUACUAGACACGAUUUUAAUUUACGAAUGGAUUCCCGUUCUUUUUCUUCUUCAAAUUGACAAAUUGUUUUAAAUUUUUUGUGAAACGCAUCGCUUAUCAAGAUUCUAAAAUAAGAUGCAGUUGUAUACUUAUAAUAUUAUUUACUUUAAAUAUACAGAAUAUAGAGAAACACGAAGUAGUCAAUUCAAAUAUGUGUGCAAAUGACUUCUGAAUGACUUUA